UGAAACGUUUCCAAUUCGAAGCCUUGUAGGUAGCAUCCAGCACAUUGCUUCUAUGUGUCGCCCAGACAUUGUCUACGCAGUGCAGGUAGUAGCGCGCGAGAUGACGACAGCGACGAACGCAACAGUAGAGCGUGGGAAGAGGGUCCUUCAGUACCUGAAGGGGACGAAAGAGGUUGGUCUUGAGUAUUCUCCAGAAAUAGAAGAAAAUUUCAAGAAAAUUUACAGCAAGGCUCUGGCAUCUAACAAAAAGAACCUGGAUGAUGCUGUAGCAUUCUCAGACUCCGACUUUGCUGGUUGUUCAGUUAGCUUAAGGAGCACCAGUGGAAG